CGUUGCUGGGCGAGCUGGACGACGAAGGAUCGAGUGCAUUUCUCCAAGCAAUUUGGGUGGACGCGACCAAGUUACUCACUCGCUGAUGUCUCUGGCAUUUCAAUCAUUGCAUCAAAUUGACGCCAUUUGCCUUAAUGUUUUGAGCUACACAAUUGUGUGGGGAAUCAUCCAGCUAGGCUAUCGUCGGCUCACCAAGAAAAUAAUUGUUAUGGAAUUCUGCCUGUGAUUUGGUUUCGCAUGGCGGUAGCAAAACUUUUUCCACCAACAGCUAAGCUAAUCUAGACAGGAAAUAUUAACAGAAAGGGCUUCUGUUGAGGAGAGCGCAAAACAGAGAUAAGUGUGUGACUAUUUAGUAGCUUCAAGCCAUCCAUAUAUGGAUAUUUGUAUGCGUACGUGCGUGUUUCAAAACCCGUACGUAAAAAUAGUGCAUCUUCACUACGCUGAAACCCCAUUUGUAUUUGCUCCCGUGUGCAUUGGUGGUGCAAAUUAUGCAGCCCUAAUGAUAAAUUUAAACAAGGAGGGGAGAUAUCGGGAGGGAACUAUUUGCGCUAGGGUAUUAGUAAUGAAUUUCUGCUGUGGUAAACAUUCUGUCUUUUUUAUUACUCCAAGCAGUUAACAUUGUUUGUUUUCCGUCAUCAUAAAGGGUUCGUUGAUGCUUUUGACAUUGCAUCUGACGCUAUGGCGAAGCAGGCGGUAAGGUUGUGCGCCAAAACAUUAUUUGGAGAAUACCAAGGAUCUUUAAUGUCGUGCUGGAAUGUUAUAAGUUAUUUGGGUUCGCGUGCCAGUCGCAAAACUGCUUCAACUAGGAUUGCAUUUGCGCUAAUAUUAAUCAUAAUCAAACAAUGCUACUCUUUUCGUUUAUUAGGCACCAUGAAAGUAAAUGUUGUUCUGGAAUUUUGUAUGUGAUUUGGUUUCGUCCGCCAGUAGCAAAGCUUUCUCCACUAAGGAUGACAGCUGCGCUUAUCUUGAGCAUGAGAAAGUAGUGGAACUUUUUUCAAGGCCAGUAAUAUUAACAGAAGCGUUUCUUUUGAGAAUAGUGCAAAAUGAUGAGAAGUAUUUAUAUUUCUAGUAGCUUUGAGGCACCAAUGUAUGGCUCUGUAUGCAUGCUAUGGCAAACGCUUGUUUGGUGCUUGAUUUACGUUGUACGAACGAAUCGUAGAGGUGUGAUUCCACUGAGGCAAUACUAUAUAACAGGUAACAUGAUAUUUGAUACAAAUAUUCUCGUUGUUGAUGUUUCCAUACGAUGCCAAAGAUAUAUGGAUGUAGUUAUGUGGAAUAAUGGUACUGGUGCAACAAGUAUAUAUUCGACUGUAGCCGAGUCUAUGUCAAUUGCGGAAAAGGCCAUCGGAAUAGCGUUCGAGGCUCUACAUUUAACAACGAUGACAUUCGAUGCAUCACCCCCUCAAUCUGUACCGGCCGAAAUAAUUCCAGUGAUGCCAACAGAAGGUUUCGAAGGCCGAAAGCGUCGUAGACUAGGUCGAAAACGGAAGCGAAGACCACUUCAGGAGGACUUUUGGCAAGGCAAUCCACGAGAAGAAGAAUCCGCGGUGGUCUACCGUAAUCAGGAUGGAGUUAUACUACCAGCGGAACGGAAACAAUUGAAUCCACGGUGGGAUGGAAGCGGCAUGGUACCCAUCGGCUAUCGACAGCGAGCGGACCAUUGGGCGAACCCGUACAGUGAUGCAAUCGAUCCACAGUCACCAUUCAGUAGUGAUUCUCCGCCACCUCGAAGAGUUUACGCAUCAAUAAACAAUGACAGGGAGCAUUUUCAACCUGUUGAUGACAAUAGGCAAAGAAGACCUCCCAGACCGGAAGAAGAAUCAACUCAAAGCAUUGGUUAUAAAGCCUACAGGAAACCCUACUCGAUGGCAAAACGAGGGAGCGAGGAAGACGGUGGAUCGUCUAGUGAAUCAGGGAAAACCGCAACAGUCGACCUGAAAACUCUGCUCAAGCAGUCCGAUGGUCUAAGUUUAAGCGAAAUUUUACAGCAAAGAAACAUUUCGCUUCAGGAUUUGAUAAAAGGAAAGCAAAUGGCAUUAGCUGCAUUGACCCAAAGCCCCUUAGAAACGGUUACAGUUAUUGUACCGGAAAACGAUGGCACCCCCGUAUCCUCGACGGUCGCUUACGGAAAUUCACAAUCGCAGGAAGAUACGAGAAGAUCAGACUUUCAGAAUAUUAAAUCUCUCAAAAGAAUACCAGUAUUUUCUUUAUCGGCCACACCUAUUACUGAAGCACAACAUCCCACAACUCCCUCGUCGAUUACGGCCGCUCCUCAGCCUGUGCUCACCACACCGAGAGAAGAAACAAACUCCGUGGAAGAAGUUGUCACUCCAAACCUCACCGAAAACCAAAAUGAGAAUAUCGGCAUCUUUCCGACAGUUGAAAUCAAACAGCUCGCACUAAAUCCAAUGCUGCCAACGGUCAAAGAAGAACGCCUACGACCCAUAAAGGGUAUCGCUUCGCGUAUACGACCUGAUUUGAGCAACGCAAAUAUACGAACCGAAGAAGCGUUCUCCGCACUUAGAAAACGCAUCGAAAUUCCAAAUUCAUAUGCCACCGCCGAGCCUUGGCGCUCUUCCACCACCACUACUACCCCGGUUACCCCGAAGGCCCGUGAAAGAUGGACUCCAGCGCCUGGACAUCAUGAGAAACGAGAGCAGUUCCUACAAAAACUCCACCAAAAUAAAGCAAGAAACCGAAUUCUUACAACCACAUCCACCCAAGUCACUAAUAAUUCGAGUCCUGAAGAACAAGCGGAAAUAGAAUUACCCUCCAAUAUAUCGUCCGAGCGAACUAUGCUACGCAUACCCUCCGCUAGGAAACGUUUGUCCAUACAUUCUAAACUCAGAUCCCCACCUCCAUCUCCCCCGGCACAAAUAAUUCCGCCAGCGGCGGAAAGUCACACUCUGGCCGAUGUUGAACUUCACGAAGAACCGGAAAAUGUCACCAGACUAUUGGAGACGGAGGAACCUGAGCUAAACAUCAUCGAAAAGUUUACCUCCUUCGAGGACACCAAGGAAAGUGAAUCUCGAUACGACCCGUCGGAGCAGAAUGUUGGAGAGACGGCUCACCAUGAACAGCGAGGAUCGUCAAACGAAAACAAUCUCAUACAACAGAUCAACCAAAACACACAGCGAUCAUUCACCGACAGUUUGGAGGAUUAUCUUCGGGAUGUCACUGAGAGCAAUCCCUCUCUGUUCAACGAUCUUGGUCCGAUUGCGCUGUCAGAAGACAGACAGGAAAUCCUGGAACUGAUGGGAGAUCAUAGGAUUGGUUCACGACUCGCAAAGGUACUCUCCCAGAGAAAUAUGACACUGGAAGAGCUCCUGGAGCACAGGAAGCGUGGCUCAAGUCAGCUUCAUCUAGCGGAAAUGAUAAACAACAAAGCGCGACCACUCGAGGACAAGAUGGACAUUGUUACGGCAUUCGAACAUUUCCCACGAUUCAAUUUGGGCAACUUGCGCAGUAUACGCCCGGACGAUAUCAAAGUUGAUUCGCAGGGCUUCAGCUAUUUUACCUCCAUCAUUAACAUUCGACCCACGGACGAAGCCGACAAGGACAGCCGAUCGAUACACGGUCCGCAUCACCCUGACUGGAAUCCACCGCAAUCGUCGCACCCGGUCAACCACAAAAUGGAUGCCGGUCAUUUUUUAGCUAACGGCGGAUCGAAGGGAAAGCUGAUCACCCCUUCGAGAAUGUCCGCCGCAGCCGAGUUUAAUAGUGGCAGCAACAAUAACAUCAAUAAAGAUCAAGCUAGUGAUCUGCUGGAUCUGGAGCUUUCCGGGCGUGGGUUCAGCCACCGACAUCCGAUAGCCGUUGAGACUGGCUCGUUGCCGUUGGGCGUGCGAUCGGCGAUCGUCGCCAGCAUCUGUAUCGUCGGUGUAUCGUUGGCAGUUUUCGCGCUUAUAUUCGUCGUCUGCCGCUGGCGACAGCGACGGAGGAACAAGCUGGACUAUGCGGAAAACUUUAACAUGGCCAAAGCCCGCUUGCCAACCAUUAGCGGGGAGGUGCUGAAGACGUCCAACCAUCCGAAUGAAAUUGGUCAAAUGGUGUACACAAGCAGGCAGGAACAGACCCAGCAAACCCAGCUGAGUCGAAAGGAGAGCAUAAUCAGCACAAUGAAUCCGAACUCGCAGGAGGUUCAAAAUUAUCUGUGGGAUGAGAUGCGGCAGCCAUUUCAGUAGGCUAUCGGAAAUAUUCCAGAUCCGUUGAGGUACUGCAGGGAAGUUUGAAAACUAGCAUCCAGCGGGCCGUGAGUGAAAUUUUUCACUCCACAUGCGCUCGAGUUUUCACACCUACCCGAAAAGAACGAGAAAGGGAGUGACAAAAAAACCUGCAUCCAUCCAUCCGCUAUCCUGCUAUCAUUCCGAGCGUUCAUCAAUUAAUAAUCCGUCAUGACAAUGUGUUUAUUUGAAGGUGAUUUUUGCACCUGAAGAAAACAGAAGGAAUGCGAAGUUCAAAGAUACGCGCUCAGGCCACGAGAUGAGAACUUGACGGAUGAUUGAUGCAGUACACAUGAUCCCGCAUGAAAGCUGUCAGCUGCCCAUGAGCCGAUUAGCUUUUUCUGAUUUGACGAACGUGAUGCGUGUAGAAAAACGCGAACAAGGAGAAAAUAAGGUUACACCGAGGAACUUGCGCUAGGAAGUAAGUGUAAUAUGUGCAAUACAUCUGAAAAACAGAAUUUGUAGAUUUAGACAAACAAUAAAAGCGUUGGAGAUAAUAUUGAUUAGAUGUAAGUGCGGAAAAGAAAGUGGAAACAAUACAAUUUUAUUUAAUGUUAGAGAGUAAUUUAUGUUUACAGUAGCGACGGUAGCCAUCCAUGUGAGCCCAGUAGCGGUGGGAUUUUACAAUAAUGAAGCGCAGGAGCUAACAAAACCAAGAGUAAAUUCCACAAAACAGAAAGUAGUAAGAUAGUAAAAUAGAGACUGGCCCUGUUAGGAAAUACACAAAUCAUAACAAAUCUGGUGCGAAAGCACCAAAACGUAACUUUAAACCAAACUUAUUAAGCGUUAAUUCAUUAUUCAGCAGAUUACUCAAUUAUCGUUAUCGUCUGGCUCGUUCGGAAUUGUUUGAUGCAAAUUAGCACAAUUGAGUGUAUUGAAAUGCAAGGAUAACACUGAAUGCAGCCGUAGGGCGGGAGAAAAUGACAAAUAAAAAUUGCGCAUGCAACA